GAUAUAACACUGACUGGGUUGUUGAAGGUCCGUUUCGGCUCCGAUCGAUCCGCGCGGAGCUGUAUCAAGUCUAGUGGGUACUUACGUGCUAUACUAGUUUGGGAACCGCGCGCGAUUGCAGUCUUGAUAAGAUUCUCACAUAUUGUAUUGCGUUGGUCAUCUCGCUAUGUGGAAUGAGAAAUGAUGUGCAAAGUCCACAACCAGUCCAUUAGAAAUCAGAGGUGCCAUCAUGCUCGAGUUGCGCGACAUUGACUCUACACGACAUCGAACCACAUUGAUUUCUUGAUCCCAUAACGACAAUUUCCUCAUCAUGGUUGUAGUCGCUGUCGCUGGUGGAACUGGACGUGUAGGGAGAACGAUUGUGGAUGCGCUGAGACAGAGCCGAAAGCAUGAGGUGAUUGUGUUGACUCGUAACGCAACUGGAGAUGGUGAUCCAGCUAACGAUGAAUUGGUGAUCGACUAUGGAAAUCUCGAGCAAGUGACCGAACUACUGGAAUCCAGGAAUGUGCACACUGUGAUCUCAACCAUUGCGGUUCUAACUGAAGCCACCGGCAAAUCAGAGCUCGAUCUAGUGGCCGCAUCAGAUAAGUCCUCGGCGACAAAGCGCUUCAUUGCGAGCAACUGGGGCGGCGUCAUACCUUCCGAUGAGGCGCUUCGGAUUCCCUUCCAGCCAUUCCGUAUAGCGACGAUUGAAGCGCUCAAAAAAACAAGCCUCGAAUGGACUCAGUUUCAGAACGGAUACUUCGUUGACUACUAUGGCAUGCCGUAUGUAGAAUCUCCCCUGAAGCCGUUAACGUUCGUGCUGGAUGUUGCGAAUAAAGCUGCCUCAAUACCUGGGACUGGAAAUGAGAUCAUGACCUUCACCUACACCAAAGACUUGGGGAAAUUUGUUGUCGCGGCGCUCGAUCUGCCAAAAUGGACAUAUCCGAUGGUCUGCUACAGUGACAAAACUACCUGGAACAAGGCCGUCAAGCUCGCUGAAGAGAUCAGAGGAUCCAAGUUUGCCGUUGCCUACGACUCGAUCGAAAAACUUCAGAGUGGAGAAAUCACGGAACUACCAUCCCAUGUACCAGCCUAUUCGUUUAUUCCAAAGUCUUUGCUGUAUAGCAUUCAGUCCAAGUUCGGACUGUACGUUGCAUAUGGAUUGUUUGACAUGCCUGAGGAGGGAUCUCUGAACCAACUAUUCCCGGAAAUCAAGACUGUCACAGUGGAGGAGAUUCUUGGGCAUUGGAAAGGAAAAUGAGCCAGAGCUGCAUCACGGGAAAAUGUCUACAUCGACCCACUGGCGGUUUUAAUGGAGGUGAAGAUUGUAGCGUAAACGAGGGCGACGGUUUAUUGGCAUACCUCAUUCUUUCACAGCCACUGAUAUGGUGCUACUUCUGUCACGUAAAGCAAUAAUGAAC